AUGGCCGACAAGCAAGUUCCAUUCGACUCGGUCGAGAGGCACUCUUCCAGCGACCACACCGACAAGAAGACGACCCACAAAGCCACGACCACAGAUCUGCCACCUCUGGCCGCCACAGGCAAGACUCGCUGGGAGCGAUCAUGGCCCACCAUCGCAUGCGGCGCUGGACUCUUCUCGGACGGCUACCUUCAAGCCGUCAUCGGUCCAGUCAAUACGAUUCUCAAAUCACUCUACGGCGAUGCCUACACCAAAUCCAGCGCUCGGCAGAAUGUCACUUCCAUCGCUUUCGCCGGAACCGUGGUCGGCCAGCUGGUAUUUGGUUACACCAGUGAUCACUACUCGAGGAAGUGGAGUUUGUUCAUCUCGACAGUGAUUCUUUUCGUCUUCGCCGCUUUGGGCGCAGGCUCGUACGGCGCUGGAGGUAGUGUGCAAGGUCUGUUCGCCGCGCUGACGGCCUAUCGAUUUCUUCUCGGCAUCGGUAUCGGUGGAGAGUAUCCUGCUGGGUCAGUCGGCGCCGCUGAGUCCACGGCGUUGCUGACCUCAACGAACAGUACUCAGAUUGAUCUCGGCUUCGUCAUCGGCACCCUCGUUCCCAUGAUCAUCACGAGGGCCGCUCCGGACAAUCUCACCCUCGUCUGGCGUCUGUCUCUCGCGCUCGGCGUCAUUCCACCACUUUCGCUCCUCUACCUUCGUCUCAAACUCAACGAACCAGAGUCGUUCUCCCGCGAGAGCUUCAAGCGAACGAAAACGCCAUACUACCUCGCCUUGAAGUUCUACGGCCCUCGCCUUCUUCUGGUCUGCGGCAUCUGGUUCAUCUACGACUUCCUCACCUACCCAUUCAGCAUCUACUCUUCGGCGUGGAUCGAUGUUAUCCAGCCUGAUGCAGCGUUAUGGCAGACUUUCGGAUGGGCUUGCCUGGUCAACUUGUUCUACCUUCCAGGUGCCAUCUUCGGCAGCUUCACCUCCGACUGGAUGGGUCCUCGUAAGGCUCUUUUCGUCUUCGUCAUUGCACAGGGUGUAUUGGGCUUCAUCAUGAGCGGCUGCUACGAGUAUCUCAAGAUGCCCAAGAACAUUGCCGGAUUCGUCGUCGUGUACGGCGUCUUUCUCAUGCUCGGAGAGAUGGGACCCGGAGACAACAUCGGUCUUGUUGCGUCGAAGACUUGCGCUACUGGAAUUCGUGGCCAGUACUAUGCGAUCGCCGCGGCGAUGGGCAAGAUUGGUGGCUUUAUUGGAAACUACAUCUUUCCGUACAUCCAGGAUGCUGGAGGCUCGUCCGUGGUGCGUCAAGGGCAAUAUCCCUUUUAUGUCGCAUCAAGCCUGUGCUUUGUGAGCGCACUCCUUGUGUGGCUGCUGCCGGAGAUCAAUCAGGAUACGAUUGAGAAAGAAGACAUUGAGUUCCGCAAGUAUCUCGAGCUUCAUGGCUUUGAUACGAGCGCGAUGGGCCUGGGGGUGCUGCCGGAGAGGUCGCAAAGCAUUGUCGGCAAGGUCGAUUCGAAGGAGGACAGCUCGUGA